ACCGCAGGCAGACCGGAUGAAGCAGUGACCGGUGGUGCGGUUGCUCUGCCUCUUUAUAUAACAGCGUUGGGACGUCGAGACUCGUUCAUGUUUUGUUCAAGGACAAAGAAUUCAUAAUUGCUCUCUCUCUCUCUCUCUCUCUGUUCUUUCUCUUGCAUUUGACCGAUUAGAUCGAGACUCUCCGCAUUUGGACGCUCUAAGAGCUGCCUAGAACCGUGAAUCCGACGUCGGAGCUCGAGUUUUGAGCCCAAAACCAUGAGAUACUCGAUUCUCUUGCUCACCGAGUCGCUGACCAAGCGAAAAGCCAGAGUGUGGAUGAAGCAAGCAGGGCGCGGUUCGAUCCGAGGUAGCUAGGGAGAUAUAUACUCGGUGAUUUUAUUGAUUGAGGACACUGUUUUGUAUCAGAAUUCUGUUGAUUUAGUUGGCCAAAAAAAAAAAAAAAAAUCCUUGUUGUUGUAGCAUGGGAACUACUGCUUUACGGCAGUUGCUACAGAAUUUGUGUCGCGAUUCGCACUGGACGUACGCGGUGUUCUGGAAGAUCAGGCGUCAAGUCCCCACGGUUUUAACAUGGGAAGAUGGGUAUUUCGACCAUUCAAAGGCUAGAAGAAACGUAGAGAAUUGUUUAGAUGAACUAUACUGGAAUAGAUCAGGCGAGCUAUUCUCUUUUGUUGAUGAAAAUGGCGUACGGAAUGAAAGUGCAAGCCGAUUCCCCUUAGGAGUUGUGGAAGCCAAUAUCUCAUUUCUUCACUACUCACUGGGAGAAGGGCUUGUAGGUGAAGUGGCGCUCACAGGCAACUACUGUUGGAUUUCUUCUGAUGAUAUUUUGGCUUCUCAGUCCAACUUGGAGACUCCAUUAGAGCUUCCUGAAGAAUGGCUACCACAGAUUUUUGCUGGUGUGAAGACUAUUCUCCUGUUACCUGCUCUUCCACACGGGGUCUUGCAACUAGGCUCCUUUGAAGCGGUUGCUGAGGACAUAGCGACUGUUGCUGAUCUCACAGAGAGAUUAGUCUCACUUCAACCUGAUUUUAGCCAUUCUCUAAGUUCCAUUAUGAACCAUGGCCGGCAGGAUCAUUCAAUCCCAUUCUGCGUUGUAGAUGAUGUGGAUGAGUCAUUGAACAUAACUGGCAGCCUGGCUUUUAAAACAAAAUCUGAAGGGUUAUGUGGCAAUUUUGAGGCGAAUUGCAGCAUGCUAAGUCUUGUACAAGUUCGGCCUCUGUCAGAAAUUCAAGAAGAUGAAUGGGAAAAUAUAACUUGUGUCUUGGCAGCCAGUCCUUCCAAAGUGUCAACUCCCCCAAUUGGAUCUGCGAACCAGUCAGAAAGGAUGGACAAUGAUGAUUUUGGAUUCUCUUGUGCAGAGGAAAAAUUGCAUGCCUUCGACAAAUGUUACAUCUCAGGCGGUUUAGGUGACUUUUGUGAUGGCAUGGAGGACUACUUCACUGCUAGCGACUUUGCGAGCCUACCAUUUGGAGACAAUGAUGUUGAGAAUAUAAAGAAUGAGAACAUAGUCAACAUGUCUAACUGCUCCAUGAACUUUGAACUAGAUGAAGCUCCUGAACCAACUUUAUUGUGGCCAAGUGAAUUUUCAGUGGAUUCGUUUUUUCCAGAUAUGCGUGUGAUUCCAAGCUCUUGUUUGACUGAGAAUCAAGAUAUUCUUGAUGGCAACAAGCCGUUUGCUGGGGAAUCUAGGAGAUACCCUCCCAAGGAUGAAGACGAGCAUCUCUUUGGAUCUUUAGUCAGCAACUUAUAUGACUAUCCUGAUGGUAAUUCACCAAAUAAAUCCAACAUCAUCACAUCUUCAACCGGUCAACCGCAGCAAAUUUUUACUUCUUUGAGAACAAAAAGGAAGUCUGAAGAAAGCUGCCUCAGUGGAGAUUUUGCAAGCCACAUAACUCCAGCUGCAUUCAUCUCUAGGAAUAUGCGUAAAGAAACUUCCAGUGAUUCCUUAACUUCAGAUAAAAGCAUGCUGAGUACAGUCACUGAUAAAGAGCAGCGGAAGAGAGGAUCCCUUCAUGAACGGGCCAAGGGGAAGAAGAAGACAAUCAACGGUAGCAAAAGAAAGGGAAGACCAGGUGAUAACCAGAGGCCAAGACCAAGGGAUAGACAGUUGAUUCAGGACAGAGUAAACGAACUUAGGGACCUCGUCCCAAAUGGUUCAAAGCAUAGAUGCCCUUCUAGAUCAAACAAUCAAGCACAUGCAGUUCUUAAGAGGUGCAACCAAUCGGGCAGAGAAGUUGAAGAAGACUCCGGACGGAACAGAUGGAGAGCACUUGAAAUCGACACUGAUUCCCGGGGUGGAGCUAGUUGGGCUCUUGAAAUAGGAGGUGAACUCCAGGUAUGCCCUAUAGUGGUGGAAGACCUGGAAGACCCAGGACUAAUGCUUAUUGAGAUGCUAUGCAAUGAGCAAGGGCUCUUUCUGGACAUUGCUCAGGUGCUUCAACGCCUAGAAUUGACCAUCCUAAAGGGUGUUACAGAGAAAGAUUCCGGCAAUACCUGGGCCUGCUUCAUUGUUGAGGCCUCCAAGGAUUUCCAGAGAAUAGACAUAUUCUGGCCUUUGAUGCAGCUUCUGCAGCAACGAAGGAAUACCAUUCCAACAUGACUAAAUGGCUGUUGGGUGAUUUUCUCACUAUCAAAUAGGCUGUUUUGGUCUAGUGGUUCUAGGAUGCCAUUCUUGCAAGGAGAGUUUCUUUUAGCGUUCCUGCGAGUUAUGAUCAAAUGUUGAUUAGAAUCUAGCUAGUGAUAUCAGGUGAACAGAUGGGCUUGAAAUGCUGCAGUGAUCUGUUGAGUGGGUAAUUAAUUCUUUUUAAUUCUCUUUCGAAAACAUCCUGCUUAACUCUGAUUCUUCACUCUGGAAAAGGUUUGACCAGGUCUGGCUUGAAUGCAGAGUAACAUCAUACUAUACAAUUCAAUUGGAGGAGACUGGACAUAUGAAACGCAAGAGAAUUGCUCUUCAUGGAUAAUAGGACUUGUAAAAAUUGACUUUAGCAUUCUAAAAUUUCAUCUAAUUUUGUCUC